AGCGUUAUACAGUAUGCACCACCUGCAGUCAAUACACCUCAGGGGAGUAUUCAGAUUGCACCUCAAAUUUUUGUCCCCGAUACACCUCCCAGUUGUUCGAGUACAUCAACUGACAUAUCUCUAUCCGAUGAUGAUAUUUGUAUGACAGCUAUGGACGAAUAUGAAGUUAAUACAGAUUCUUAUACAACUACGAACGUUAACGGUAAUCGUGUAUCCACCGCCAACACCACGUCAGCUGCUAAGGCAAAGAAGGCACGCAUGAGCUUAGUACAAUCCAACGAAUUCGUUGAGAUUUCAUCGUCCGUCAACCGUAAAAUCGUUUGGUACUACGCGAAAAAUAUAAAUAAUAUACCGAUUUAUUCUGAGUUUCUCCGCUCACUCAAGUCUGAGCUUAAAAAUUUGAUUAAAGUCAGCGUACAAAAACAUGCUAUUAAAUUCAAUCUAAAACUAGAGGCGACUUACAGCAGACCAAAUAUAUUAAAUUCAUCGGAAAAUAGAGCGUUUAAAACAAUAGCAGUGGAAAUAUUUAUAGACAGCAAUAUUUCAGAAAUUAUAGAAAAGGCGAUUGUUAAGUUGAUGGAUGAACAAGAGACAUAUAAAUCGCGUGGAAGUGGGUUCACAUUAGAUUCUAUAGACGGGUUAUUGGUAACCUUAUAUAGAUAUACUCCGAUGGGUGGAUCAUCAUACAUAGCGUUACCAGCGUAUAUAGAUAGAAAACGGGGUACAAUUAACCCUCAAAACAAUGAACAACAAUGUUUUAAGUGGGCGAUACUAGCGAGGCAUGUGACAGGGCAGGCCGUAUGUCGAGUUGGAGAAAAUUAUACUAAACAUGAAGCUAAAUACAAUUUUAGUAAUAUCACGUUCCCAACCCCUAUAUCUGAUAUUGUAAAAUUUGAAAAAAAUAACGUCAACGUAUCCGUAAAUGUUUAUGGGUUGGAUAAAAAAUUUCAGCCACUACGCAAAUGUAUGACGUAUGAAGUGUACCCGCUACGUAUUGUUGACGAUGAGAAGGUUGACCACUUCGAUCUACUAUUGGUGACGGAUGAAGAAAACUCUCAUUAUGUGUAUAUAUCGAAUUUUUCCCGACUCCUUCGCGCGCAGACAACUAGACAUACAGAGAGAGUUGUGUUCUGUAAGAGAUGCUUCACGUCAUUCGAUAGUCAAAGUUUGAAAUUCAAGUUGGGUGGACAGGCGGGACUGCAACAGCAUAAGCUGAUUUGUGGUGUACAAAAGCUUAUAUUACCUUUGAUGCCUAAAGAGGGUGAGUGUCUACAGUUUGAAGCAUGGAGAAACACUCAGAGACAUCCCAUAGUAAUAUAUGCAGAUUUCGAGACUAUACUGAUGAAGACUGACGAAGCGAAGGGGAAAAACACAGAAAUAAUACAUAGACAUGAAGCGAUGAGUUAUGGGCUCAUGGUGAAGGCGAGCAAUAACGUACCGGUAGAGCUAUUAGCGAAACAUAACAUAUCAACAGAACCAAUAUUAUACCGAGGAAAUGAGAGUCGACAGGAUGUGGCGAGACAUUUUGUUAAAACAGUAUCUGAAAUAGCAUUAAACAUAGAAAAAUUAUUGAAGACGAAUAUUUCGAUAAACAUGACUACGAGUGACGUUCAGACUCACCAAGCAGCUACACAGUGCAACCUCUGUCGAAUCAAAUUUACAUCACCUAUAGAAAUACAGCAUCGUAAGACAGCCGACCAUUGCCAUCUCUCAGGAAAAUAUCGUCAAGCUAUAUGUAACACAUGUAAUCAAAAACUUCAAACACCAAUUUUUGUACCGUGCUACUUCCACAACUUAUCGAACUACGACGCGCACCUGAUAGUCAAAGAACUUGGUCAUGACACCCAAGCCAUUAGAACACUUUUCGGUUUAUGGCAUCAGGACUGUCAACUCUAG